UUCUUACUUUCCGUAGUGAGGGAAUCCAUGAACGCACGCUUCGGUAAAACGGAACACGGUUUCAGUCCCGCGUGAUACUUUUCAGGCGAUUGCUAUCUAUCAAGCUUCGUGAAUUUGUCCCUAAAUUGCUUCUCAGAUAUCUUCAACAUAUACCUAGACAUCUCUAAGCAGCAUGGACAGUGAGUGCCUGGUGUUGUUGCCUCGGGUGUGCGCUGUACUAGCGGACCCCAGACAGUCCCUACCAGAUGACACCAGCUUCGAGAAACUGCUGGACUGGUUCACUGGUCUCACCAAGGAGGACCAUGGCCUGGCCCUAUUGGAGUCCUGCCCCUGUCUGGUGGACUACAUAUCCACCGUGUGUCUGGACAAAACUACAGAUCCCAGCAUGCUUUCCUUCAGCCUCAAGCUUUCCGGCCUGCUGGCGGCCAGCCAACACGGCUUCAACCUGCUGCAGGAUCGAUCCAUCCUGGGCGUGGCCUACGACAGCGAGCGAUGGCAGGUGGCUGGCCUAUGGGAGGAUCCGAGCGUGCGGAUUGGCUGGAUCCAUGGCCUGAGUAACAUGAUGCGCCACACACAGGCCUUUCACUUCCUGGAUCAGGCUGGCCUGACCAAACCCCUCCUCCAGCUACAGACUGACCCCAGCCUAUUCGUCGCCUCGGCCGCAAAUCACCUCCUGGCCCGCCUCCUAACCUUCCACCAGCCAGCUACAACCUCACACACAACCCAGGGGAAUGGCCUCACUGUUCCACCCAAUAAGGAAGAGGUAGAAUUGGACGUAACCAUGGAGACAAGUCCAGGAAGCGGGUGUUCCAUCACCAUGGAGAUCUUGAAGCACCUGGAGAGCUCUCUGGAGUCAGACAGCCACACCAAGGUGCUCCAGGGGCUGAGGCUGCUGGCCCUGACUCUCCCCGAGCUGGAGGCUCCUCUGCGGGGCUCGGUGAUCAGGCGAGUCCUGAGGCCUCUGGAGGGGUUGGUUCGAGAAGGCCGCAGAGCAGUCACGCAGCCUCUAAUGGACGUCCUGCUGGCUACAUACAGGUCCGGUCCGUGUGACUCCAGACUCGUCUCUCUGAUGGCGUCCAUGUUGAACUCCCAGAAUCCCUCUGACGCUGCUCUCUGUGCCGCCGCCACCCUCCAUCCGAAGACCUGUCCUCCAGGCCUCAGGCAGAAGGUCGUAGCUGUUCUACUGGGACCUCUACAGAUGGUUACUGGAGUAACUCUGCUGGACGGACCCAAUGACAGACACACGGAUCAACGGACUGACCACAGACAGACUGACCACAGACAGACUGAUGAAGACCACAGACAGACUGAUGAAGACCACAGACAGACUGAUGAAGACCACAGACAGACUGAUGAAGACCACAGACAGACUGAUGAAGACCACAGACACACUGAUCAACAGACUGACCACAGACAGACUGAUGAAGACCACAGACAGACUGAUGAAGACCACAGACACACUGAUCAACAGACUGACCACACACAGACUGAUGAAGACCACAGACAGACUGAUGAAGACCACAGACAGACUGACACUGACCAGGACAGACAGACGGAGGGUCGUAGCUCUCUCUCUCUCCUGCUGGAUCAUCUCAAUCACAAACCCUCCUGUGUCUCUCUGCUCUGCGUCUCCGUGUCCAGCGCUCCCUACAUAGCAGACAUGGAUUCAUCUGCCUCCGUCAUCCUUGCUGUGGUGUCACUCCUGAGGAUCUGUAACGGCCACUCCCCCUCACCCGAGAGCAAAGCUGCUAUUGGCUGUAGCAAAGCAUCCACCAACCUGAUUGGCUGCAGCAAGGUCCAGAGGUGUUGCCUAGACUCCCUGGCUAGCCUUAGCACCUGCCCUGGAGCUGUGGAACGGGUGGUGGAGGUGUUCCAUGUUCUAGUGCAGAACCUACAGAACCCUGACUCAGACCCCACCGUGCUCCAGAAGAACUACCAGGCCAUGUUGAGGUGGCUUCGUGUGUCUGCAGAGCCUAACUCACUGGCUGAUCUGGUCACUGAAGACCUCCUGCCCGUGCUAAAGAAGCGUGUGUGUGAUGUGCGUUGGGAGGUUCGAGACUCCACUCUGGAGUUCCUCGGCCAGCUGUGUGAGGCGUUAAGCUGCACUGUCACUCCUAUCCUGCUGGAGGCGCUGUGGGAUCAGGAGAGCUAUGUGAGGGCGAGUGCCAUCUCUGCCCUGGCCAGGACACUACCACUCAAUGACCAGCAGGGGGAGCCAGGGAACCAGACACAGGAGCAGACCCUGGGUCAGUUACUAGACAUCCUGUCUCAGGAUUCAGAGGGCUUCCCCAGACGUGCUGUGGUCCAGUUCUUCAUCAGCUGGCUAAAGACACACCCCUCAUCUUCCCCCUCCUCCUCCUCCUCCUCGCUGUGUUCUGUCCUAUCGCUGGGCAGCACUGAUCUGGACUGGGAGGUUAAAGUUCACACCCUGGAGCUGGUUGAGCUCCUGAUGGAGGAAACACUUCCAGGUCACCAGGAGUCAGAGCUGGGGUCAGCUCCUCCCCCUUACGGUGGCUCUGGAGGGACAAACCUACUAACACACACUGACCUCACACACCCCUACGCUGUGACGCCAAGCCAGCCCUCACCCCUUCUAACACACACCCCAACUAACACGCACACACCCCCCACACAGACACACCCAACUACAUCUGUAGUGUGUGGUCUGUCUCGGUUGGUGGAGCUCGGUGUUGUAACAGCGUUACUCAACGGCCUGUUUGAUUGCGACAGACCUGUAGCUUUAAAAGCCUGUAGUCUGUUGCUACGACUACGAGACGCGGUGUGUCCGUCCCGGUCGCUCGGGAAAGGUGAUAUGACAACUGACGACACAACAGUUGCCAAGGUGACUUUUGAUCUGAGGGGUCAGGUUUGGGAGCGGGAGGUCACGAGGAAGUUACAGGACAAGAGAGGAUCUGAUUGGGUUAAAGAGUCCAGGGAAGUAGGUUGUGAUAGGCCGAACAAGAACAGAGAUUCUGACAGGACAGACGGGGCUGGUUCCGAAGCCUGCGAUAGGUCGACAGGGAAGAGUGUGUGUGAGGGUAGCGCGAGGGUGUGUGAGGUGCUGUGGUCGUUGGGUCUAGAGGAGAGGCAGUGUGUGUUAUCACAGAGUAGUGACCAUGUCCAGAACUCACCCCUCUCUCUGCUAGAGGACAUCCUGAACACUACUGACACCUCACACACUGACGAGGUUAUAGUAGACUGUUAUUGACCGACACGACCUGAACGCUACCGACAGCUCACACACUGACGAGGUUAUAGUAGACUGUUAUUGACCGACACACGACCUGAACACUACCGACACCUCACACACUGACGAGGUUAUAGACUGUUAUUGACCGACACGACCUGAACGCUACUGACACCUCACACACUGACGAGGUUAUAGUAGACUGUUAUUGACCGACACGACCUGAACACUACCGACACCUCACACACUGACGAGGUUAUAGUAGACUGUUAUUGACCGACACGACCUGAACACUACCGACACCUCACACACUGACGAGGUUAUAGACUGUUACUGACCGACACGACCUGAACGCUACUGACACCUCACACACUGACGAGGUUAUAGUAGACUGUUAUUGACCGACACGACCUGAACGCUACCGACACCUCACACACUGACGAGGUUAUAGUAGACUGUUAUUGACCGACACACGACCUGAACGCUACUGACACCUCACACACUGACGAGGUUAUAGUAGACUGUUACUGACCGACACACGACCUGAACACUACCGACACCUCACACACUGACGAGGUUAUAGUAGACUGUUACUGACCAACACGACCUGAACACUACCGACAGCUCACACACUGACGAGGUUAUAGUAGACUGUUAUUGACCGACACGACCUGAACACUACCGACACCUCACACACUGACGAGGUUAUAGUAGACUGUUAUUGACCGACACGACCUGAACACUACCGACACCUCACACACUGACGAGGUUAUAGUAGACUGUUAUUGACCGACACGACCUGAACACUACCGACACCUCACACACUGACGAGGUUAUAGUAGACUG